CGUCGCCACCCUGCCCACGCGCGCCGGCAGCCUCCUGCGACUAUAAAAGCCUGCAGUCAGCGCUCAGGGAGCACGGAGGAAGCUCGACCUCUCAGCUGUACCUGUAAUAACCAUGAAGGCUGUGGCUCUCAUCCUCGCUCUGGCAGUCAUCACCGGCUGCAGCGCCCGUGCCGUGCGCCAGGUGGACGCCGCCCCGGCCCGCUGGGAGGACACCGUCAACCGCUUCUCCGACUACGUCUCCGAGCUGAACCAGAAAGCCGACGGCGUGGUGCAGUCCCUCAAGGCCUCGCAGCUCAGCAGGGAGCUAGACACGCUCAUCACCGACACCAUGGCCGAGCUGACCACCUACACCGAAGGCCUCCAGGCCAAGCUGAGCCCCUACACCGACGCCUCCUCCGGCACGCUGCUCCAGGACCUGCAGCUUCUGACCACCAAACUGCAGAAGGACAUGGUGGACGCCAAGGAGCGCAGCACCCAGUACCUGGGGGAGCUGAAGACCAUGGUGGAGCAGAACUCGGGCGACGUCCGCAGCCGCAUCACCACCUACAGCAACAAGCUGAAGAAGCGCCUCAACAAGGACACAGAGGAGAUCCAGAAAACCGUGGCCACCUACCUGGACGAGCUGCACUCGCGCACCUCCCAGAACGUGGACGCCGUGAAGGGGCAGGUGGAGCCGCUGGUGCAGCAGGCGGGCGACUCGGCCGCCCGGCGGCUGAGCGACGUGUCCGCCCUGCUGAAGAGCCAGGCCGAGGGGCUGGGCCAGCAGCUGGAGACGCAGGCCGCCGGCAUCCAGAGCCAGCUGCAGGCCACGGCCGACGAGCUGCGCACCUCCCUGGAGGGCAAGAUGGACGAGCUGACCGAGCUGCUGUCCCCCUACGCCACCAAGCUGCGCGAGCAGCUGGAGGGCAUCGUGGACAAGGUCAAGGAGACGGCGGCGGCGGCGGCCUGAGCCGGAGGCGCCCUGGAGCGGGGGGGGGGGUGCACGCACUGAUUGCAUUAUACCCAGGUCGCAGUGUUUGUGGGGGUGAUGAGAGGUCGGACGAGAUGCGCCUUUGACAGAAGAGUCAGCAGAUCCACGUCUGCCUGAGUUCUCGCUCCAGCAUAGUCGCCCCCUCCUCUUAUCACCCCCCCCCCCCCGAACACGAGCACCCGCUCAAUAACAGCCUUUAAUACGCAAACAGACAAUUAUUUGUAAUAUGCUUCGCUUUUCUACUUUAAAGGGGCCUCAACGCUGUCGACGCCCCCGAGGCCUCGUGUUACGUUUUCUACCUUUUAGUUCUGGUUGUAAAUAUAGCUGCUGAGUUUGAGCCUCGUAGUAUUGAAGCCUGUAUCAUCAACACAAGAGUCUGUCGUGUGGACGAAUGCACUGAGUGAUGACAAUCAGGUGACGGGAGCGCGCGCUGUGUGUCUGUGGAGGUGAAUGUAAAACGACUCGAUGACAAUCAGAGUAAAGCAUAACGCUGCCGACGUCCA